AAAUAGCUUCCUUGAAAAUAACUUACUGUCUAUUUUCACAGCUUUAGCCACGGAAAAUUGUAAAUUUUAAGAAGUGUCUUUCUGCCUGUUCUGGUUGCUGUUUAUAAUUAAAUUAAUUAGUUCUAGUUAUGAAGAAAAAUUUGCCAUCUAGUUCAAAACUAAAUAGUUCCGAUAAUGUUUGGAAACGCAUGUUUACUCCAAACUCAUCAUGGGAAGACAAGGACCAAUUUUUGGAUGUCAUUUAUUGGAGUAGACAAGUGUUAGCCAUUUUCAUGGGUAUGAUUUGGGGAUUUAUAGGAAUUACCGGAUUCUUUGGUAUUGCGUCUUUUGUUGCUCUCAAUUCCAUAGCAGUUUAUUUGUAUUCAGUCCGAUUCAAUAAUGAUACCGAAGAUAUAAUGGAAUUUGUCAAAGAAGGUUUCAUGACGUCUUUUGCCGGAUUUUUGGUUACUUGGACCAUGAUGUACUCAGCCAUAUACUAUUGAAAACGUUAUACAAAGAUAAUUUAAGCAGAUGAAUAUUUAUUAUGUGUAAAAACAAACUUUUUCAUUUUUUAAUAGAAGCAUACAAUUAAAGAAUUGAAACUUUAUUCGAUA